CAGUUAUUUUGCUGCUAAUCGGUUUUAGCAACCCAUCGAGGAUGACAGUCGUUGAAGGAAGUAAUGCUGUUCUGAUUAUUGAGGUUACUGGACAACUCACAACUCAAAUUUCUGCUAGGUAAGUGGAAUACAUGUUGUGUUAAUUAUGUAAUUUUACACGUACUGGAUAAAUAUGUUAGUGGACAGUACUAACAUGGGCUACUCGUGUUUACGCUAAAUCCAAUAGAAUUUACGUUGGACAACUAUAUGGGAGAAAUGUCAGAUGUUUGAAAUAGAUAGAUAAUAUUAUUUCUUACUGCUCAAUACCCGUAUAGUGACGAUAUUCUUAACUGUAAACAAUAAUUACAGUAUUUAGAAAUUUGAUAUGGCAGUGUUAUUAAUUAAGUUUUGAAUGUUGAAAAUUUAACUUAUUCCUAUUAAAAUCAAUACAUUUAUAUAUGCACGUAUAUAUCUAUGCUUUAUUUGUGUAUUACCUUUAAUCCAGUAUAGUACAUUUGUAAGCGUGUAUGGACUUUGAUCUUUCCCAAGUCCAGAUCUAAUUGAACGAGAGUUGAUCUCAAUUGCGAUGUUUAUUUUAUAUGUAAUGAAAGAAUAAAAUGGAAUAAAUGUGAAAUAUUUAAUGAAAUAAAGUACGAGUUGCCAGGGAUAACCGAAGACCUUGUUGUCUGACUUAGCGGGUUUUAGCGGUCCGCAGAAUGUUUUUAUCUUCCUAUUUACGUUCAAGGGGUUGUUUCACCUACAAAUAAGUAAUAAGCGUACGGACCAUGAUAUGGUCGAUUCGCGUCGAUCCAAAAAUUAGAUGCAAAUAAAAAAAAUGUUAUGUUUUCUAUCCCUAGUGUAACAAGCAAUGUAGAAUCAUCUUCCUCGGAGUGAUUUAUUACAUUAUUUCAGCUAAAGUGCACAAAAAUUCUUCCUUAAAUGCACAUCGUAUUCCAAACAGAACCACAAGAAGUUUAAUUUCCCAGUUAUACGAUCACUUAUAUAACCGAGCUUUAAUUAAGCCCCACUUUCAAUGUACGGAAACCUCCUACGACACCAUUUGCAAGGGGAUAAUAAGCUUGUGUGUAAUUCAGCGUUGUACCAAAGAAGUUUAUUAGUGACCUCCACAGGUGGGAUCUAGACCAUUGCCCUUAAUCGGAGGUAAUUGUUGUUGGAAUGCCAAAACGAGAAACUUUACAAGAGAACAAUGCACAAGGCGAAAGACUCUGCAUGAAGAGAUAAAUGUAGCCUUUUGACGAUGGCAACGAGCAAAAACAUAGUCAGGAAUACUUGAACCUAGUAGUUUAAAAGUUUCUAUUGGGAUUUUGGCAUGCUUAAGUACCUUAGAUUGUCGGCAGUCACUGAAGGCGCAAGUCCAGUUAGUAUGUCUUCAUUUUAAAAUAGGCAAGGCAUAGCGGUUGCCAACUAAAUAACUGCAGGAUUCUUAAUACCAAGCUAUAGAUGGGACAUCGAAUGUAACCUAAAGAAAAUAUUGCGCCGCAUACUUCGUGAUAAGAGGUUUCAGACACCCUGGCAGCUCUCAGAAAGAAGAAUAUCGUUCCAGGUUGGAGGAAAUGGUAGAUGUACAGAGCUGCCGAAGCUCCUCGUCGUUACCUUGGGCAAUUCCAAGCACUUAAAAGUUAAUAAGUGACUAUAGUCACUCUAAAUUUCGAGUGUUCACCCAACACCAAGAUUGGUGUAAAUCUUUGUAAGUCAAGGUGUAAAAAAACACUUAAAAUUAUGUUAAUUUUACCUUAAUUUGGUGUAAAUUAACACCGGGAAAAUUGUUUUUAUACACCAAGAAGUGUUUUUUUACCCAAAGAUGGUGUAAAUCGCUUGCCUCCAUUCGUACACCAAACUGGUGUAAAUUGAAUUUUCGAAGUGUAAAAUUACACCAGCAAGUGUUUAUUUACACCAAGAAGGUGUAAAUUGCUUGCCUCCAUCCGUACACCAAACUGGUGCAAAUUGACUUUUCGAAGUGUAAAAUUACACCAGCAAGUGUUUAUUCACACCAAGAAGGUGUAAAUUGCUUGCCUCCAUCCGUACACCAAACUGGUGUAAAUUGACUUUUCGAAGUGUAAUAUUACACCAGCAAGUGUUUCUUAACACCAAUACGGUGCAAAUGUUUCACUUCCAUUAAUUGACACCAAAGUAGUGUAAAUCUAGUCACUACAAAGAAUAAAAUUAACACCAACACUUGUUAUUUAGCACGUUUAGUCUUAGAUAAAAGCCUUUACCUGCUCGAAGAAAUUCAAUUGACAAACAAAUUGGGAUUUAAAAUAAUUUAAUGCUGAAAAAUAUUGCAAGAUUAUUUACAUUGCCAAUUUAACAAUAUACAGUGGUAAAUAUCUCCUCAUGUUCUUGGUCAGCUUAUAUUUUAGUAAUCUUACUAAGUUCUGACAUCAAAAUUAAUACUUUGGUUGGAACGUUCUGGUUAUCAAAUACUUGAAGUGUGCUUCUUUGAAGAAACAUGUAAGUGUUCACACACACCUUCGGGUAUUCAAAUGAACCAGAAGCUUUGAGGAGAACCUCGUUUUCCCCAGCAAUGCCCAUCUCUUCAUUUGACUUGUUGACGAUACCACCAAUAAUGAUAAAUGGGAACAUACUGGGCUUGUCAAUUUAGCCACUUCUUUGGCAUUAUCAUCAACCUAUAAAUUUAUAAUUUACAAGUUACUUCACUAGAAAGGAACUUUGAUAGCCCAAAGAAAGUAUUGACGGGAACCUUUGACUUCAAAAUUGAGCAAAUGCUCCAUGACUCUUGUAAACUUGUUAAUUUAAGAAGGGUGCAACAAUUUGUGGGGUGUUAACUGGAUAGUAUACUAGGCAGGCCACAGGUACAAUUCUUGUGGUGUAUGUCAUAAGCUGCAUUGUGCCACAAUGUAUUCCUGUCUAAUGCCAGGCAGUUUUAUUUGUGAGUGGGAGAGUGCAGGGUGGUUAAUAGCAGACCUGGAAAUAGUGGUGGAUCCUGGGAAUGGCAGAAAUAUUUGAAAUUCCUUUAAAAAAUUUAUCCAUAAAAAUCAACAAAAAGGUUAAAAAUUUCACAAAUUUUCUUAGAACUGAAAAGGCUGAUAUAUAAGUGAUAUCACCUGAUGCACAAAUCGGUCAAAAAAGGGUUUUUUUUCACUUGAGCAUACAUAAAAAUAUUCCUUGAAAUUUAAAUUUCUUGAUCAAAAACUUGCAAAUGUCAAAUCGAGUAGUAAUAAACUGUUAUACAGUAAGUUAUAACUACAACUGUAAGAAGCUAUUACACUAUAUAAGCAUUUAUUACAAUUUAAUUUGAUAUGCUAUAAGACCUAAGUUGUCGUGCCCUAGUUUCUGCUUUUUGUUUCAGGUAGUUAUGUAACCACUCAGCAUUGGCACUACCCAGUACCCACACUGGUACAGACAGUUUUAGUAUAAGACCUAAGUUGCUAACAUUAGUAACAUAGAAUUAAUUAAUGACGGUAAUAGAUUGAAUAGGAGUGCUAUUAAUGCCAUAAUCAUACGAGUGAUUACAAAAUUAUCAACCGACCGCGUAGCGGGAGGUUGAUUUGUUAAUCACGAGUAUGAUUAUGGCAUUAAUAGCACGACUUAAUUCGUUCUAUUACAUAUUUAUCUUCUGUAAUCAAACUGUUUAAGGGGAAAAAGCACAAAAAUAGAAUGUGAAUUUUAAAUUUUUAAAAUUCUCCACUUUGAGAAUUUUUACAGCAAUAAAGAAAAUAAAAUUCAAAGUUCGUAUCCUGAAUGCUGAUUAGCUAGUUGUAAAUACUAGACUGAUUUUCAUUGGCUGUAGACAAGGGUGCGAUUACAGCUCAGAAAAGGUGCGAUUAAUGCUCAAAUUGAGUCCUGUAUACCAAUGAAAUUGCAGUAUUUGUCACUGAUUACAGAAGAUAAAUAAUUAAUAUUAUUAUUAUCCAAUAUCCAAUUUUUGAUUAAUUGAAUAUAUUUUGUUAACAGUGAAGGCUGUUAAUGCCUAACAGCUGUAAGAGUCAAAAUUUCAGUGCUGUUAAACCAACUAAAUUUUAUGACAGUGUUUUCAAAGAAAAUUCCCCCCCCCCACCCGCCUGAAUUUGAUAACAGUGUUUUCAAAAAAAAUAUUUCCCCCCUGGCCUAGGAUCAAAGAAUGGCUAGAAUUAUUUCCAGGUCUGGUUAAUGGGUUAAUAUGGCCAUGUGUCCAGUGACCCAUUUAAGUUGCAUUGUGCCCUUGUGUGCCCUGCUUCCUUAUUUUACUGUCUUUAAUGCCAGAUUAUUGUACUCUGUCUAACAUCUGACAAUUUUACUUGUCAAGACGUAAGUGGAAAGGGCAGACCGUACCUAAUUACAGUGUAUGUGUUAAUGGUCAUUUAUAAGAUAAAUCAAAAUUAAAUAUUGCUUUUUAUCACAUUGCUGGCAGACAAUGUUGAAUGAACAAAAUCCACUAUUCAUAAUUGAUAUUUUGGGUGCAGAAUGGAAGGGUUUGCCUUUCAGGGUGAGCUGUUGCAAAUGUUGUUUGGUGCUUUCCACCGACCUCUACUCUUUUGAAUGGUUUACACUGUAUCAUCUAAGUCAACGUUCUGGGAUAAAAUCUACCAACAAAUAAAGGAAAAUUAAUUCUUUAUAAUCACACUCACCAUAUAGUAAUUUUAAGCAGCUUUCCUCUGUUGUCUGCGAGUCAGUUGUAAUAGGUUAGCUGGCAAUGAGAAUACAAGAUGUCAGCGCAUGUAAAAGAAUACUAGUUUUAUGUAGUUGUACUGCUGUUUUUUAUGUAGUUGCCCUGCUGGCAGUGGUUUCUGAGCUGAGGAGAAACUACUGCGAGCAAACGAACGACCUUCUAUCGAGCAUGCGCGAAGAUCACAUGAUGGGAAGUCACUAAUUUGACUUCACUUCCUGUAGUCCGUUAUCUGUAAACAAGCGUGGUAUAGUACUGUUUUAUCUGUGGUUUUAUUUAUUGUCUGUCAGUUUUAAUCGAACGACUUUUUAAUUCUACACGCAGUUCACAAUUUAUGUAUCGGUUCUAAUCUCGUUAUGGCCAGCACUAAAAUAUUUUGAAAUCGGUGCUUCACCCUACAGCUACUGUAAGUACAAAUUGUGCAUUUGAAUUUCUGUUAUAUCUUUUAAAAUUUUUGUAUUUAUCCGACAAUAUCAUUUUUUUUAAUUCGGUUUAUGAACUUUAUUUGUGUUACUUAAAAAUCUUGACGUUAGAGAUUGUGAGGUUUUCGAUAAAUUCUAAUUUCCAAAGUUUCCAAAUAACAUUAUUAAUAAUGUUUCCAAUUAUUGUUGAUUUUGACAUUAUUGCAAUUUUUCAUUGUCGCGACCUGAACCGCAACAAAUUUCAUUAACCCAUCAAAGAUCGAGUCGCGACGGUGCUACUAUUUCUGUAGAGGUAGAUUUUUGUUGCAGGGUGGAAUUUAUAGUUAUUCUGUUGAACGCUAUGUGGUUUUCAAGUCAUCUUAAUAAUUUCUCACAUUUUAUGCAAUAUCUUGUAAAAUUUGAUGUCUUUUCAAGUGUACAACUGGUUCACAUUUACCAGCAGCGGCAAGCAUUGACCCAUGCGCACAACAACAACAACAACAACAACAAAAACUAGCCAAACUUGUUUUACCGGUUGAGAAUUUAAUGUAUUCGUCCGUGAAUCUGGGCAGCGGCUACAUGAAACGAUCGUUCGUUUGCUCGGAUUGGUUUCUCCUCAGCUCAAAAACCACUGCCAGCAGGGUAUAUAGAGUCUGCAGUAACAAUCUAAUCAUUUACACCCAUUUAAUCACAUUUGGUAUUUAUGAUCCCACUGCAUGGCAAUAUGAACCCUGAGUGUUCACAGUAAAAUGAAUGACUCUUUCUAUUUGGCCUAGACAGGAUCCCAUUAUUUGUUGCCGGAAUCCCACCUGCCAAGACAAGAUAUUCUCAUAUAAGUACUCUAUCAUCCCUGCCAGGUGGGGUGUAUUCCAUCUAUAUAAACAUGCCAUCCUGUUUUAUAUAAAUACACCACCUUAACCAAGUUUAUCAGCAAGGCUGGAUUAAAAUCCCCAGUCCAGUGACAUUCCGUUAUCACAUUAUCAGACACAUAUGUAAGCUAAACUCCUUCAAGCUCAUCAGGUUUAUACUUUUUAUGAUAUUGUGGGCAGCACUGACCUGUAAGACGUAAUGCGCCCUGAUGCACUCUAUUUUACUAGUUUACUUGUCAAGGGGAGAAAGCUGCCACUCAAUGGCUUGACAGAUUUUGAAAUUCCAGGGGAGGGGGUGAUUAAAAGAACAGAUAAAUUCAACCAUGUCAACACAUAAAUUUAAAUAUGCUUGUAGAAUGCUAACCAAGGCUCUGGAAUAGCACUGAACUGAUCAUUUUAGUCAAUUCUAUAUAUUGGGUUAACAACAUUAUGAUUCAGAUAGAUAACAUUGUAAUUUCCUAAAGUUCAAUACUCUGAGACUCUGAAAUAAUUUCAUGUGCUGGCUAUUAGGCUUGUAGAAAUCAGCAAAUAUAAAACAAUAUGUGAAUAUUUUAUGGCUAUAUACUUAGUAAUAUGUGGUUUCAAACAUGCUUUCGAGUCUGCCAAACAAGUGCAACCCAGUAUUUACUAUAAUGUGUUUACUCAAAAUUUGAAUUGUUGAUUUUAACUAAUAUUUGACUGCAUUGAAAUGAAAUAAUCUCAAUGUAAAACGUACUAAUUCAAAUUUUAGCAACCACAACAGCGAAGAUAAAUUAGAUAUCAUAAAUAGGGUCGAUGGACGUUAUAAUUAUAUGAUAUAAACAGUAAUAUUUCAUACCUAAGAUCAAAUAAGCCUUUGGCCGGAUUCAGAGUCACUUAUCCAAAACAACAUUUGAUAAAAACCCACGAUUAUCUUGAGACUUGAGCGAAAUAUGUUCAAACGAUAAAGACGAAAAUUUGCAAUGUCACACUUGACAUGUGAUACACAACAUCCCACAACUCAUUGCGCGCGUGGCCCUUGUCUUGUAAAAUAGAUACACCAAAAAGCGCUUGCAAUCUUGAAACCGUGUGAAGCAUAAAUCUGGCCAGAAAAUGAUCAUAAAAAUUUGAUGAAAAUUCUUAUAAGCGAAUAAUGAAGAUAGAUUAAGGUAGUUGACAUAUAAUUUUUUAGAGAAUUUUAUUUUAUUCAUUUUUUUUAUUUUAUCGCAUGUCAUAACAUGUGAUGGCAUGUCAUGUCAUCGCAAAUCUCGGGGACCAUCAAUUUCAUGGACAAUAACUUCCACGAGACAUCGCUUAAAUCUGGCUCCAUAUCCGAAACUAGUCCCUGUGUUACCAUAAUUCACACUGAAAAAAGUUAGGUAGAAACGUGACUACUUUGGUUUGAAAUUGAUAGAGUGUAAUAUUUACACAAACAUCUGAGUUCUCACAAAUUUCAAUGACCUACGCAUAAUGUGUUUAACUGGGUUUUUUUGUUUUGCGUUAAGGCUCGGCCACACACACCGGACGCGUUCGACAACGCAGCGCAAUUUUUUUUAUUUUCACUGCAUGACCGAUAACUUUGAUCCUGGUUUAAGUUUUUCAAAUGACAAAUAUGUAGAAGCGCUAUAACAUUUUGAGUUGUUUGGUCUACAUAUCUUAGUUUUAAAAUCUUCUUUCAUUGGCUGUCUUGUUAAUUGUUUUAAAAUUGCACAAGCUACUGUGGGAAGCCAUUGGCCUUUUUCCCAAUCUUUGUAUAUACAUUAAACGUGCUGGCCCAACACAGUGACGGUGUAACUUUACACUUUGGGUAUAUUUACACUUGCAAGGUGUUAGUUUAAUCUACUGUGGUGUACAUUUACACCUUCACAGUGUUAAAUAACAAGAUGUUCACGUUUACACCGAGACGGUGUUGGCGUAACCCAACCUUGGUGUAAAAAUACACUCGCGUAUUGUUAAUUUACACUUCCCAAGUGUAAAUUAUAAAUUUACACCAACUUGGUGUAACUUUACACGUUUUUGGUGUUCACUGAACACUGCGAAAUUUAGAGUGUAUUGUCAAUAAGAAGGUGAUGUUUUGAGGGUUUUUUUUAUCAAAAUCGCAAGAAGAGAAGAACUUCUAAACUCAGGGGCUACGGUCAUGUGCAUGGCUGAUGGAAAAUUCGUUACUCUGGCACAACAAAUAUAUCGCCCCUUUUACAAACAAAUCUCAAAUUUGACGUUGGAUGACACCUCUUGUAAUUUUCGCUGUCACUGGAUAGCCUGGUAAUUUUUUUAUAUCUGCCAUAUCUGCUGGACCGCAAACGGUUUUGGCCUUAUGAAUAAUUCAAACUUUUGAACUGUGAGGGUGCGUUUCUAAAAUGAGAAUUGCCCUAGAAAAUGGCACAGUAUUGCUGUGAUCGCUUUCCGUUGCCAAGGUGUUCAAGGUGUAAAGCGAAGUGGUUAUAAUCGUUGGCGAAUUACAUUCAAUCGCGCUUCUGCCGCUCGCUUUUGGUAGCUUUACGGUGGUCAUGAAUUUUUAGGAUAAUAGGCUACGUACUUUGAAGACGUAUUCUUCCGCAAGAACGCGAGGAAAUUCGUCAAAUUCCAUAUUAUGUUGGGCAAUUUUUGUCUCAAGAAAUGCUUCAACUUGAGGAAAGAGGUAGCAGAGAACGCUUGUCAUAUCCUCUUCUCUUAAGGUCACCAAUAUCACUAUUAAUGGGCCGCAAACAUCAAACCGAUUAAACUAAACACUUUUUAAAAAUUUCUGGUCUACACGUUUUUAUUGCAAAACAUGUUUUACCUACUGUUUGUAUCCACUGUUCUUUCCUCAAUGUUUCCCGCUUAUUACUCAUCUACUUCAUUUCAAAAUAAAACCUCGUGUAUUCUAUGUUCAUCUCUCGAAUAGGUUUUAAGUAAUAUGCAUUUUUAAUGUCGUUGAGUAUCUUUAAAAACGAAUGUAUCAUAAAGUGGUAAUAUGAUGCGUUUUAAUUGGUAUUUAAGUUUUUGAUCACUCUGCUAGUGUCGUCCACUUAAGGUACAGAAAAAAGCUUUAAAACAAUUUUAUCUUUCUCAUAUGAUUUUCUUAUUUUAACCUUUUGUUUAUUUCAGUACUUGUAUCUACACUGUUAAAUUUAAUUUCGACAAAUUGAUGUUGGCCUGCCCUUUUUUAAUGAAUUAAAUCAUAUGGUAAUUGCCCAAAAUAUCGCGUUGAAUCGUUUUAUAGAGGGCCCUGAAGGGGUAAAAUGGGAACUGGGAUUGAUCUAAUUUUAGACUGGGAAAAUGGGAUUUGGGUUGCUGGGACUGGGAUUUGGUCACUGGAAAUGGGAAAUGAAGUCCUCAAAAAUGGGAAUGGGAUUGAGGUAAUGCGUGUCGAUUCCCAAUUUUUCUACAUUUUAAGUGUUUUAAAAUACUUUGGUCAUGAUUUUUGUUGUUAACUAUAUUAUUCACAGCACUACCUGCGAACAGGCAUACUCUGACGCCCGGAAUUCUGGGUUUUCUGAUUAUGCGUGUCUCAGAAUGCUGCAAAUGCCAUUUCCGGGAUUCAAAUUAAAAAAUUUUCUGUGCCUUCGGCACAAGCCCGCCCCCCCAUAUUUGAUAAAGUGUCCACCACUUGCACACAAGGUGGCUUAAAAGGUCUUAAAACUGUUUAUUCUACCGAUAAAUAAAGGGUUUUUUAUUGAAUGGGAUUUCAAUAACUCGGACUGGGAUUUCUAAUGAAAAUCCAACUGGGACAGGGAUUUUGCCAAAAUUUCAGGUGGGAAAUGGGAUUGGGACCCCCCCCUUCAGGACCCUCUUUAUAUGAUGUGAUACUUGUCGAUGCAGAACAAUUAUAUGUAAUAUGCGACCACCCGUUGGACUGGCAAAUAAUUGUCAAAAUUGGAACAAAAUCGAGAAGGCAGAAUAAUUUACUGUUUCUAAUUGAGGGGUUAUUUAUUGUCAGAUGGUUAUUGACAUACAGCUUUCCAUCUGCUGUGUUUCGAUUUGUCUCUUCGGAAUAAUCCCGCCGCAAAGUGCCAUCAUUUUGAUUAUUAAUGCCUUUGUUUUGGCGCCAAUUUCAUUUGUCAUGAAUUUUUCGCGCCGGAUAGAUACUGUUUCGCCAAAAACUUGUAUUCUGUAUUCAUUAAUGCCUUGUAUUCACAUUUAGCCAUGCAUUGCUCACCUUUGCCUUUUUUAAUUGUCUGGGUAAUCAGAUACUUAAUUUGUGUGCAGUCAACAACUUAUUUUGAGGAAUUUUCUAGUUUCAAAACUUGUCUUCCCUGAUUCAUCCAGCUCACAUUCGGUCCUUUUACGAUUAGUUUUAUAGCGAGUUCUCUAUAUAAUUUUCGCUCUGGACGUUGACUAUCAUCACGAACGACUGCCAUCUCCAGAAACGGAACAGGAUUCUGAAUAUGAAGACAAAGCUCUUGAGCAUUUAUUGGCUCGUCGACUUUGCUUGGAGUAUUCCACGUCUGCGUCAUUGAUGGUGUAGCAUAUUCUGGUCUUGACUCAAGUCGCCUAGCAUCAUAGAUAUUUGGCCAAUAGUUUGACAAAGUUCAUCUAAUGUUCUGAAUGUUUGGGCCGACAUCGGAGUUUCGAACUACCGUUUGCCCUUACCGUCAGUAAAUCCUCGUUUCGACUACUCGGCUAUGAAUCAACUUGUUCUGUUUUCUCGUUAGUCGCCAUAUGUGUGUUUGAAAAAGUUAAUAAUGUGCACACGUAUUACCUCAAAUAGCUCCGUUCACAACAAUACAGUAUCUCCUUUGCGUCUUAUGUACUCGUCGUAAACUCUUUUGUUUCCCUAUUUUCUUAAGAUUAUUGUUUGUACUCUGACACACCAAUUCCUCGAAAUUUAUUGAAUAGUUGCGCACAGCCCACAAGUUGCCAAAUGUUUUGUUUAAAAUUUUCAUGUAUAUUAACUGUCAUUAGGAGUCAGAAAAUAUACUUUCAUAUAGAAACAUAACAACAGAAUAACCUCACAAAUAAAAGGGGAAAAAAUACUUCCAAGAGCUUUUUACAACUGAAUUGAUUCGCCCUCUGCUUUCACAUUAUAUUUAGGGCCACUGUUUCACCUGAAAGUGCCAGUGAUGCAGAUUUCAAUGUGCUUUCAUCAACUGAAUUAAGCUUUCGUACUGGUGUUACUAAGGAUACAAUUGGCAUAGCAACCAAGGAUGAUUUGAUAACUGAAGUUGACGAAGUAUUUGUUGUCACUCUAUCAACUACCAAUCCAAGAGUGCAAAUUGACAAAGCUAAGGGAGUAACAACUGUUACCAUUAAUGACAACGAUGGUAAGUACAUUCCACAGGACACAUUUGUCCCACGGUAUAUAUCUAUGUAUGACAGAUAAAUUCUUCAUUAAUUACAUCAGUUUUAGGAGCAUAUAUUGAGACUCUAUGAGUGUUUGAAUAUUUUGUUUAAGCCUGAUAAGGAUUAGCUACCACCGCCAUUCUAAUAUCCAUCAUUGUUUAAAUUGCGUUUCUAAAUCAUAUUUAAAUUCUAAAUUCUAAAGUGUAGAAUAUUUUUUAUAGCUACUCCGGGAUGGUAUUGCUUGCUUUAACUUAGAGCGAGUUAGUAGCCAAGUGUAGUUGAUUGAAAACAGAUUCCUUUGAUAAAAAAAAACUAGUUGAGAUGGUCUCAGUUUAAAUUGGGGAGUUUCUACCAAAGAUUUAAAUCAAGUUAAGUCCUAAGAGAAGGCAAUUUCAUGCAUUAAACUUCAAUCUAAAAAUGCGAUUAUUUUUUGUUCGUAAAUUGAACGAAUUGAAGUAACUAAUAACCCGAACUAAAUAUUAACAAAUGCAAAUUGUAUGCUCUUGCAACGCCUUCCAGAGUAUGCUGUUUCUCAGUAUUAGAAACAAACUGUUACAAGCCGGCAACUAAAAAACCUAUGUUUAUGAUUUUAAUUUUUUGAUAGGGCUCGAUCCAAGUUCAGGCCAUUCAACGUCUUCAUCAAGUAGUAACACCUGGAUUCUUAUUGGAGCGGUGGCUGGAUCAGUAGUUGUCAUCGUGACAUCAAUAUUCAUUGCUGUUUGUUGUUUCCGCCAAAGAAACAGAAAAACAACAGAGAACACGAGAGACAUCGGUAAAAUCGAAAACCCUGCCUACGAAGGUUGCGGACAAGCAAGUGUACAACCACCACAAUUAUGCGAUUCUGAAAAUCAUUACGAAGAACCAGCACUGUACUCACAACUGAACAAUUCUGGGAGAGUUACCAUUGAUGCACAUUAUCAAAGUUUGCAUUUGGAUGAGGAUGUUUACGAGAAAGUUGAUUUUUAAAGCUUUUAACAUUACUUGAGACAUGUUCAAAUUGUAAUAACAGUUUCAUUUUUGUGUUCAUUUUUGCAUUUCUAUUUCUUUGCAUUUUUAAUCAAUUAAUUAAAGUACGUCAUAUUUGUCGAGUAGUUAUCAACCUGCGAUCAGGCCUAUAAAUAAAUGAAUAAGCCUGAUACAAACCUUAACAAAAGUCCAUGCUUUUACAACUGUAUUUUGGUUGUAAAUCUUAUUGGUCUAUGAGAAAAAAUGUUUUAAACUAUGAUUCGACUGGUUGGUGCUAAUUAGAUUAUACUAUUAUUGUUGAUAUAUUUUAUAGUGAUCACAACUAUAAUUAGAUUGUUGUUGUCGUUGUGUGAAAUUUAAAUUUCUCCUGCGACAUUUUGAUUGGUUAUUAAAUAUAAACUUUGCUGUGUGUGGAAAGCCAUCGGAUUAAGGUUUGUAUCAGGCUAUUAUUUGUAAAAUAGAGCCUGAUCUCAGGUUAAGUAGUUAUAUACUUCGUUAUAACUAAAAUCUUCUAAAAAACUGAUUACUCUUCAUACGUACAGUAAUACCUAUAUAUAUAGACAUUUUCAUAUUUCAUUAUCUGUAUAUAUUCGCUUAUAAUAUGUAAUAAUUUCAUCAUCUGUGAUGUUGACCUAUGUUGAAUAAUAUGUCGAUAUAUUACACACUGUUUUGAAAAU